AUGUCUGGCAAACAGAGGUUGCUUGUGGUUUCCAAUAGUCUCCCCGUGUCCGCAAAGAGGCUGGGCGAGGAUUCAUGGUCGUUAGAGAUGGGCAUGGGCGGCCUAGUUAGCGGCCUUAUGGGUGUGAAGGACUUCGAGCAACGCUGGAUUGGUUGGGCUGGAGUGAACGUGCCAGACGGGGCCGGGCAGAAGGCGCUCACUGCAGCUCUUGCUGAAAAGAAGUGCAUUCCUGUUUUCCUUGAUGAAGAUACUGCUAACCAGUAUUUCAAUGGCUACUCGAACAAUAUACUGUGGCCUCUAUUCCAUUACCUCGGCCUCCCACAGGAGGACCGUCCUGCAACGAAGUGGAGUUACGAGUCUCAGUUUGCAGCAUAUCAGAAGGCGAACCGGAUAUUUGCGGAUGUAAUCAUCAAUCAUUACGAGGAGGGUGAUAUCGUUUGGUGUCAUGACUUCCACCUAAUGUUCUUACCGAAAUAUCUCAAGGAAUAUAACAGCAACAUGAAAGUCGGAUGGUUUCUUCACACUCCAUUCCCUUCUCUUGAAGUCUACCGCACUUUGCCAUCACGGUCUGAGCUGCUACGCGCAGUUCUGAUGGCUGAUUCCGUUGGAUUCCAUACACAUGAUUUUGCAAGAAAUUUUUUGAAUGCUUGCACUAGUAUUCUCGGAGUUCAAGGCACUCUAGAAGCUAUCGAGGAUCAAGGUAGAGUUACUCGUAUAACUGUGUGUGCAAUAGGGAUUGAUUCGGAAAGGUUCACGCGGACUAUAGAACUUCCUGAAGUCCAGAAGCUCAUGAAGGAAUUCAAAGAGGAAUUUUCUGGAAAGAAGGUAAUACUAGGUGUGGAACGUCUUGAUACGAUAAAAGGAAUCCCGGAAAAGAUGCAAGCAUUCGAGAUAUUUCUGGAGGAAAAUGAAUACUGGCGUGACAAAGUGGUAUUGCUUCAGUUCGGCGUGCCAUCAAGAACUGAUGUUCCAAUAUAUAAAAAACUUAAAAGACAAGUUCAUGAAAUUGCUGGAAGAAUCAAUGCAAGAUUUGGAAGUUUGAGUGCUGUUCCUGUUCAUUAUCUGGAUCGUUCAAUCGACUUUUAUCCACUGUGUGCAUUGUAUGCUAUCUCUGAUGUAACACUUAUCACAUCAUUGUGGGAUGGAAUGAAUCUUGUGAGCUCCGAGUUCGUGGCAUGCCAAGAUUCGAAGAGGGGCGUACUCAUCCUCAGCGAGUUUGCUGGAGCAGCGCAGGCUCUUGGUGCAGGCGCAAUUGUUGUGAAUCCGAGGAGCCUUACGGAAGUCGCUGCAGCGAUAGGCCGGGCUUUGGAUAUGCCAGCGGAAGAGCGAGACGAGCGCCAUAGGCUUAACUUUGAGUAUGUCACAACUCAUACUGCUCAAAAUUGGGCUGAUUUCAUUAUAAGCAAUAUGUGUGACGCCAACUUAGUGACCGAACCAAGGUUGCUUGUGGUUUUCAAAACCUUGCCUGUGGGAAGGGAUUCGUGGUCGUUUGAGAUGGACCUAGUUAGCAGACUUAUGGAGGUAAAGGAGUUCGAGUUCAAGUUCGAGACAAGAUGGAUUGGUUGCGGGGGAGUGAACGUGCCAGACGAGGCCGGGCAGAAGGCGGUCGCUGCAGCUCUUGCUGAAAAGAAGUGUAUUCCUGUAUUCCUUGAUGAAGAUACUACUGAUCACUAUUACAACGGCUACUGCAACUAUUGA